UGGAUUUGCUGCUGGGCUCUAAUCUGCUGUCAAGCGGCGCGGAUUGGGGAUGCUGCUGAGACUUCCUCCAGCGUGCAGCUGCCUCAGUGUCAGGAGACAGAUUACCACUAUGAAUACACAGAAUGCGAUAGCAGUGGAUCCAGGUGGAGGGUGGCUGUUCCAAAUCCGUCAGCAGCGUGCUCUGGAUUACCCGACCCCAUGAAAGGAAAAGAAUGCACUUUUUCAUGUGCUUCUGGUGAAUACCUAGAAAUGAAGAAUCAAAUGUGCAGUAAAUGUGCCGCGGGGACAUAUUCCUUGGGCAGUGGGAUCAAGUUUGAUGAAUGGGAUGACCUGCCAGCAGGAUUCUCCAAUGUGGCAACUUUCAUGGACACUGCUGUCGAAUCAGCUGAGAAUAAAGCAGAUAGCUGUAACAACUCUUCGUGGACUCCUCGUGGGAAUUACAUAGAGUCCAACAGAGAUGACUGCACUGUUUCUCUAAUCUAUGCUGUACAUCUGAAGAAAUCUGGAUUUGUCUUCUUUGAAUACCAGUAUAUUGACAAUAACAUCUUCUUUGAGUUUUUUAUUCAAAAUGAUCAGUGCAAAGAGAUGGACUCCACGGCCGACAAAUGGGUGAAAUUAACAGACAACGGCGAAUGGGGCUCUCAUUCCGUAGCUUUGAAACCAGGGACUAAUAUAUUAUACUGGAGAACAACAGGGAUUCUUAUGGGUUCUAAAGUGGUGAAACCUGUUCUGGUGAAAAACAUAACAAUUGAAGGAGUUGCAUAUACAUCUGAAUGCUUUCCAUGCAAACCUGGUACAUUCAGUGAUAAGCCAGGGUCUUCCAAUUGCCAGGUGUGUCCCAGAAAUACCUACUCAGAGAAAGGAGCUAAGGAAUGUACCAACUGUAGCGAAGAAACACAUUAUGCAGAUGAAGGAUCCAGCCAAUGUACAGAGCGUCCUCCUUGUACGAACAAAGACUUUUUCCAGAUCCAUACACUGUGUGAUAAGGAAGGAAAGACUCAGAUAAUGUACAAAUGGAUAGAGCCUAAAAUCUGCAGGGAGGAUCUUCCUGAUGCGUUGAAACUGCCUCCUUCUGGAGAGAAGAAGGAUUGUCCACCAUGCAACCCUGGGUUUUACAACAAUGGAUCAUCUUCCUGCUCUCCUUGCCCUCAGGGCAUGAUUUCAGAUGGAACAAAGGAAUGCAAGGCCUGCCCUGCUGGGACUGAACCAGCUCUCGGACUUGAAUAUAAAUGGUGGAACGUUCUGCCAGUCAAUAUGAAGACUUCUUGUUUUAAUGUUGGCAAUUCAAAGUGUGAUGGAAUGAAUGGCUGGGAGGUGGCUGGUGAUCACAUCCAGAGUGGGGCAGGGGGCUCUGACAAUGAUUAUCUUAUCCUGAACCUGCAUAUCCCAGGAUUUAAACCUCCAACAUCGGUGACAGGAGCAACUGGGUCAGAACUAGGACGGAUUUCUUUUAUUUUUGAGACCAUCUGUUCAGCAGAUUGCGUGAUGUACUUUAUGGUGGAUGUUAAUAGAAAAAACACGAAUGUGGUGGAAUCCUGGGGCAAGACGAAGGAGAAACAAUCUUACACUCACAUUAUCUCCAAAAAUGCUUCCUUCACAUUCACAUGGGCCUUCCAGAGGACAAACCGGGGCCAAGAUAGCAGGCAAUUCAUACACGACGUGGCAAAGAUCUACUCGAUAACAGUGACCAAUGUGUUGGACGGAGUUGCCUCGUCUUGCCGGGCCUGUGCACUGGGGUCUGAACAGUCUGGGUCAUCCUGCGUACCCUGUCCUGCUGGACACUACAUUGAGAAGGAAACCAACCAAUGCAAGGAGUGCCCAGCCAAUACAUAUCUGUCCAUACAUCAGGUGUACGGCAAAGAGUCUUGUAUCCCAUGUGGGCCUGGCAGUAAAAGCAACAAGGACCAUUCCGCCUGCUUCAGUGACUGCAUGCUCUCUUACCUCAGGGACAACCAGACCCUGAAUUAUGACUUUACCACCCUCAGCGGGGUGGGGUCAUUAAUGAAUGGACCCAGCUUUACAUCCAAAGGGACAAAGUUCUUUCAUUUCUUUAACAUCAGCCUGUGUGGGAAUGAGGGAAGGAAGAUGGCGAUUUGCACAGACAAUAUAACAGAUGUCACAGUAAAGGACAUGGUAGCUGAAUCAGAAGACUCUUCAAGCUUGGUGGGAACUUUUGUAUGCCAGUCUACGAUCAUCCCAUCAGACAGUAAGGGGUUCAGAACAGCACUGGCUCUGCAGUCCAACAGUCUUGCUGAUACAUUCUUAGGAGCUACGGUUGAAACCACACUGGGAAAUAUUAACAUUGAAACAGAAAUGUUUCCAUCUUCCCAAAGGACAAUACCUGAUGUGAAUUUCUUUUUCAAGUCUUCUACACUUACAACCCCCUGUGAAAAUGGACGUGCAACUGUUGUAGUGAUGAGGUGUAAUCCCACCAAACCAGGCCAAGGCGAUAUUUCAGUCCCCAGCACAUGCCCCGUUGGCACCUGUGAUGGAUGCACCUUCUACUUCAUGUGGGAAAGUGCAGAAGCCUGUCCUUUGUGCACAGAGCAUGACUACCAUGAGAUUGAGGGAGCUUGUAAAAAGGGAUUUCAGGAAACCUUAUAUGUCUGGAAUGAGCCAAAGCAAUGCAUGAAGGGGAUUGCCUUGCCUGAGAAAAGGGUCAGCACCUGUGAAACCAUGGACUUUUGGUUAAAAGUUGGAGCAGGUGUUGGUGCAUUCACAGCUGUGCUGCUCGUAGCCUUAACCUGCUACUUCUGGAAGAAAAAUCAGAAGUUGGAGUAUAAAUAUUCCAAAUUAGUGAUGACAGCUAACUCGAAAGAGUGUGAGCUUCCAGCUGCUGACAGCUGUGCUAUAAUGGAAGGAGAAGAUAACGAAGAGGAAAUAGUAUAUUCAAAUAAACAGUCAUUGCUGGGAAAGCUCAAGUCAUUGGCAACAAAGGAAAAACAAGAUCGUUUUGAAUCUGUUCAGCUGAAAUCUUCAAGAUCACAAAAUAUAUGA